AUGCACGCACGGGUUCACGUAACGUCCGGCGCUUGUGCCUCUCUGGGCGCUUUUGCUCAUCUCGCCGCCCCGGCUAAUGAGAGCAGCAACAAGAGCAGGAUUCGCAGAGGCGGCAACGUGCUAGCCCAGAGCGGUAGCUACGAGAGGCAGCGGAUGCAAACGACGCAGAGCAAAGCAGCGAGCGCACGCAACGCUACGGCUCAGGCGGCCAAGACCGCGGUGAUUGGCCCGCUGCACAGCCAAUCACCGCGCCCCCGGGGUCUCCUUGCAAGCGCUGCUGCUGCUCUCAAACACGCCCUGCACCGAGCCGCUGGACAGGAAUCGAUUCGCGCGCCAGCCGGAGUCAUCGCUGGACACGCACGCGGCUUGGGUGGAGGGGGGCCUCUGGGAGCCGUGGGACGGCGACACGGCCUGGUCGUCCCCUUCGCUGCUGUCUGGCGGCGGCAAGGCAAGGCCAGGCGUCAUCAGCAUCAAAGACUGGCGCCGCCGCACAGCAACGGCCGCCUGCGCUCGCUCGCCGCCCCAACAACAAAGCGCUGGACGCAUGCGUGCGGUGGCGUCUGCCACCCCGUGCGGCGAGCCACUGACACGCAAGCGUCGCGCAGGGGUGGGCCCAUCGGGGCGCUACUGGCAGCAGCAGCAGGCUAG